ACUUGUCUGAAGGAUAUGAGAGAAUUCCUCCAUUAAAGAUUUAUAGGUAAUGUUUCUCUGCAACAUAGUUUCAUUAAGGAUCCGACGUAUUUCACUUCAUUCAAAUUACGCUCUAAAUUCAUGGGCUGUAUCUCUUUCUUACUGUAAAGAAUCAAUCUUGAACCAGACUCUUCACUCAAAAACAUCAGAUUCAGACCAUCCAGUUGAUUCGCUACCGCCUUACUUAACCCAGUUGCAAAUCUUGGUUGAUCACUACAAUUCGGCUAUCGCCCCACCAAGAACUGGACUGCCUUCGCCAAUUCAAAAUUCUGAGGAUUACUAUGAAUUUCUUAUCCACAACUUUCGAUUUUCGUCCUCUCAUACUGUUGCUAAGCAGCUUCAUUUAUUGUUUAUCAAGAAUGGACUUAUUGGGAACAACUUUUGCUCCAACACCAUUAAAAGUAUUUACGCCAGAACCGGCGACAUCAUUGCUGCAGAUAAGCUGUUUGCUGAAAUGCCCCAAAGAAAUUAUACCCAGAAUGGAAUAUCAGAUGAAGCCUGCACUGACUUUAUAGAAAUUGUGAGGUCAGGGGUUUAUCCAAGUUCUUAUACUUUUGGGAGUGUUCUCAAAGCUUGCAUUGGUUUAGGCUCGUCCGGACUAAGGGUUGGUUUGCAAAUUCAUGGUCUAAUCCUGAAAACCCCAUAUGUAUUUGAUGUUUCGAUGUCUAAUGUAUUGAUUUUAAUGUAUGGAAACAGCAGGAAUCUUGUCGAGUGUGCUUAUUGUGUUUUCUAUGAUAUGCAUAUAAGAGACGUAAUAUCAUGGAAUUCAAUCAUAUCGGUUUGUUCGCACAGAGGGGACUUGCUUUCUGCCUUUGAACUCUUCUCUCAAAUGCAACAAGGAUUCGAACUGGAUGUUCGGCCGAAUGAGUAUACGUUUGGCAGCUUACUAUCUGUGGCUAGUUCUGUGGAUUAUAACUGCCAAUGUUUGCUUGAACAGAUGCUUUCUAAAUCUAUGAAGUAUGGAAUUAUGCACGAUCUUUAUGUCGGAAGUGCAUUGGUAAGUGGAUUAACUAGAGUAGGCUUGUUAGAUAUUGCCAAGAACAUAUUUCAGCAAAUGAAUGUUAGGAAUGUGGCGACCAUGAAUGGCUUGAUGGUUGGAUUGGUAAAGCAAAGACAAGGAGAAGAGGCAACCGUGGUAUUUAGAGAGAUGGAAGGAUUAAUAGAAAGAAACUCAAAGUCUUAUUCCAUCCUUAUGAGUUCGUUUACUGAGUUUUCUGAUCUAAAAAAAGGGAAGAACAAAGGUAAAGAGGUUCAUGCUCAUGUCAUGCGGGCUGGUUUAUUCGAUUCUGAUGUUUCCAUAGGAAACGCACUUAUUAACAUGUAUGCUAAAUGUGGAGCCAUUUUCGAUGCUUGUUCAGUCUUUGAGCUUAUGGUUUGUAAGGACUCGGUUUCUUGGAACUCCAUAAUCUCGAGCUUUGAUCAGAAUGAGGAUUAUGAAGGCUCGGUUUUACAAUUCCAAAAAAUGAGAAGGAUAGGAUUGAUGCCAUCUAAUUUCACUUUUAUAAGCGCUUUGAGUUCCUGCGGAAGCUUAGGUUGGAUUAACAUAGGAAAGCAGAUUCAUGGCAAAGGAAUACAGGUGGGGCUUGAUUUGGAUAUAUCGGUAUCAAAUGUUCUCAUUUGUUUAUAUUCCAUGACAGGGUUUUCCUCUGAAUCCUUGAAGGUGUUCUCUUUAAUGUCGGAUCAUGACCGAGUUUCAUGGAACUCUAUUAUUCGAGCUUUGGCUGAUUCCGAGGAACAUUUAUUAGAGUCUUUAAGAUAUUUCAUUGAAAUGAUGCGAGUCGGAUGGUCUCCUAAUGACAUCACUAUAAUAAAUGUUUUAUCGUCGGUAUCGUCUCAUUCUGUCCAUCAAGUUCAUGCCCUGGCAGUAAAAUAUUGUCUUGCAAAUGAAACUACAGUCGAAAAUACUCUCCUUUCCUGCUAUGGAAAGUCUGGGCAUAUAGAUGAAUGUGAGAAGAUUUUUUCUUUGAUGUCUGAAAGAAGAAAUGAAAUAGCUUGGAAUUCAAUGAUUUUGGGUUAUAUUCAUAAUGACCAAUUAGAUAAAGCAAUGGAUUUGGUUUCGGCUAUGCUGCAAACGGGUAAAAGAUUAGAUUCAUUCACAUUUGCCACGGUUCUUAGUGCAUGUGCUUCGGUUUCAAUGUUGGAGCGAGGUAUGGAGAUCCACGGUUGUAGUAUAAGGGCUUGUUUGGAGUCAGAUGUCGUUGUUGGUAGUGCAUUAGUGGACAUGUAUGCCAAAUGCGGGAGAAUCGAUUACGCGGUUAGGUUCUUCGAUUCAAUGCCGUUUAGGAACUUGUACACAUGGAAUGCAAUGAUUUCUGGAUUCGCAAGCCACGGUUCUGGGUACGAAGCACUAGAACUUUUUACAAAAAUGAGUCAUUCGCCCGAUCACGUCACUUUCGUCGCGGUUCUAUCUGCUUGCAGCCACGUCGGUUUGGUUGAAGAAGGGUUUAAGCAUUUUGAGUCGAUGAGUAAGAUAUAUGACCUAGCUCCAAAAAUUGAGCAUUUCUCGUGCAUGGUGGAUGUGUUGGGACGGGCGGGUGAACUCAAUAAAAUGGAUGAAUUCAUUAGAAGAAUGCCAAUCGAGCCGAAUGAACUCAUAUGGAGGACGGUUUUAGCAGCCUGUUCUCGUUCGAAUGGUUUGAAAACAGAUUUGGGUAGGAAAGCUGCUAAGAAGCUUAAGGAAAUGGAACCUCAAAAUGCGGUUAAUUAUAUACUUCUUGCGAAUAUGUAUGCUGCUGGAGAGAGUUGGAUCAAUGUAGAAGAAGCCCGAGAAGCAAUGAGGGAAUCGGCAGCUAAAAAAGAAGUUGGUUGCAGUUGGGUUGGGUGAUGAUCUCGCGGUUGACUAUCCUGGGAAAAAGAUGUCAUCCAUGAAAACUAAAGGUAGAAGUGAUCAAUUCCCUGCCGGAAUUCUUUCCUAAAGUGGAAGCAUGGGUGGAAGAUGUUCUAAUGGAGGAAGGAAAUGCAACAAUACUCACCCUUGUUGUGUGCUUGCUAACUGUCCUCUAUUUCCGGGAGCGACAGCGUAGGAAUGCUGCAGCUGCCUUGCAACGUCAACAACCUGAAAAUGCUGUACAAUUCCAACUCUGAUUAUGGUUUGUGAAACGUGUUUAUUGUCUGUCGGUUAUUAUUUUCAAUAUUUUGUAAUGAUAACUGAAACUUUAUUGCUAAUUUAGCUGGAAAAAGUUCAAUAAGCUUGCAGACUUGAGGAUGAUAUAACAGUUUGGUAGGUUAGGGUUAGUAUCAUCAUUCUUGGUACUGAAAAUUGUAUAGCCUGAUUUUAGUUCAGACCUCCCCCUCUCUCUCUCUGUGUCUUUUGUAGAUCAUAUUGAUUGAUAGUAAUAUUUUUGUUGCCAAACAAAAUUUUUUUUGUCUCCUGUC